AUGAUCUACAGAUUCCGCAAUCUUGUACGACUAGUUAUCGAACAACAGGCACACUCGUUUACGUGCGCAGCCAUCGAAAGUCUCAAGCAAAACAAAAUUGCCGGAAAGAAUAAAACCGGCAAUGAAGGCAGUUCCGAUCCGAUGUUGCAGUCCUCUCUCAAGCACUCUGGCGUACCAACACAUGGCGAAUUGGAUACCCCAACCUCAGAGUCUGCCAUUGACAGUUCCGAUGGUUGCUUCGUCUUCGAUGACAACGAGUCCUAUGAUAUUUCAAGACUUGAUCUGUGCGUCGAUUUGUUGCUGAAAAUAGGAUUACGCCUGUUCAAUAUCAAACCCUUGAAAGGUCUAAGUUUCCUGUUUGACCACGGAUUGUGUCUGAAUGAUGCCACAUCCGUCGCGACGCUAUUUAUAGCCGAACCGUUACUCAGCAAAACAGCGGUGGGAGAGUUAUUGGGUGACACCAAUCCGGGGUGUAUGAAAGUUUUACAGGCGCUGAUAGACACUCAGGAUUACCAAGGCAAGGCCUUUGUUGACUCACUCAGACAGUUCCUAGAUAUAUUUCGGCUUCCAGGCGAGGCACAGAAGAUCGACCGGAUAAUGGAAAUGUGGGCUAAGAAGUAUCAUAGGCAAAAUCCUGGAGUAUUUCAAUCGGAAGAUACGGCAUAUGUCCUGGCAUUCAGUACGAUUAUGUUGAAUACAGACCAGCACAAUGCAAAUGUUCUCCACCGCAUGAGUGUGGCUGAUUUCAUCAAAAACAAUCGAGGACUAGAUCAUGGUGCUGAUUUGCCAGAUGAGUUCUUGCGCAGUAUCUUCCAAAACAUUCGACAGCAGGAGAUCGAAGUGCAAGAUUCAAAUUUGGCGUGCCUAAUAGGCAUCUCGAAUUGCGUGACCAGCAUGCCGCCGAACUUUUCUCUUGUCGAGGCCUAUCGAAUACUGAAGGGAGAGGUCGAAGUUCAGGAGAUAAGUAAAGCCAGUGGCUUCCGCAAAACAUACGGUAAAGACAAACGACAAAUAUUUUAUUUCAACGAUCUCAUAGUCGUGACAACGCUCAGCAAAAGUGGCUCCUCGUAA